GUGAAAAGACAUGUGGUUAGCUUGUUUAUUGAUAAUUAUGAUUCCUAUUCACUCAAUAAUGUUGUACAUUUUUUGUAUAAAAUGAAUAAUAUAGAACCAAUAGUUAUAAAGCUAGACAAAAUAUAUUUUAAUGAAUUCAUGAAAAAAUAUUAUGAAAAAAUUUAUAAUAUUAUUAUAUCAGCAGGAUAUGGAUAUUCUAUAAUAGAUCAAAAAUAGGCAAAAAAAUUUUAGAAAAAAAAAUUGACAACAAUUUUAGGAAUAUGUUAUGGUUAUCAAUUAAUUUGUUAUUUUUAUGGAUACAAAAUAAAUAAAAUAAAAAAUAUGUUUCAUAGGAAUACAAAUAUAAUUAAUAUAUGAAAAUAUGAAAAUCAAACAAGUGAAUUAUUUGAUAAUAUUAAUAAUAAAUUUGAAACUGUUUGUUAUAAUUCUUUAAAAGUAAGUAAACAUAUGAGUAAUGUUUUAAUUAUAGCUUGUUAUUCUAUUUAUUUGAAUGAAUAUAUAUUGAUGGAUAUAAAACUUACAUAUUUGCCAUACCACACUGCUCAAUAUAAUCUGAAAUCCGUAGAAAGAAAUUUUGAUAAGGUAUUUUUUGAAUAUUAUAAAAAUAUUACAUUCAAAUAUAAUAAAUAAAAAAAAAAAAACUUCUUUUAAAUUGUUAGAAUAUAUAUAAAUCUUUCAUAAAAAAUUUAGAAAAAAAAAAAAAAAGAGAAAAAGAAAUUUAAAUAGAAACUAAAUAUUUUAAAAGUUAUUAUUGCCAAAAAUCUGUGUUUUCUUUCCUAUAAAAAUUUAAAAAAUGUAUUUUAUAAUGACAUAAGUUAUUGGAUUUAUAGAAAUAAUGAAAUUUCAUAUAGAAAUAAGGAAGUACAAUUACAAUAAAAAAAUGAAAAUAAUGAAUAUUCCUCUGAAAAAGAAUAUUUUCAUAAAGAAAUUUUAAAUAAUAUAAGAUAUUCUCACAUAAGAAAUACUAAAGAAUUUUUAAGUGAAAUUAUAGAAUAUUAUUUAGAGAAGGACAAUAAUAUAAGUUUAAACAAUAUAUUGUUAUUUUAAAGAAAAAACAAAAAAAAAAAAUAUGAAGUUAAUUAUAUAAAUCAGGAAGACAAUUGUUUAGUUCCUCAUUUAAAAGAAAGAAUUAAUUUUUUUAAAAAUAAUUUUAUAAUUGAUUAUGAAUAUAUUAAUAUAUCUAAAUAAUUAUUUGGUAAAAAAAAAAAAAAAAACUCUACACAUAAUAAUUCUAAUAUAUAUAGUGAUAGUAUAAAUUUUAAUACUACUUCAUUGUUAUUGGAUAUAGAUAACCACAUUAAUAAAAAUUUGCUUUUAAAUUAUUAUCAAAGUAGAUAUAUUUUUACCAAGUAUAGGAUAGAAAAUGAUGAAUUUAUAAACAAUAAAAAUUCUUGUUUAUUUUGAUAUAUUGGUUUUUUUUUUUACUAUUAUUACAAAUAUGAAACCAUAAAAUAUAUGUACAAUAAAAAAUACAAAACUAUUAAAAGGGAAGAAGUUAUCCCUAUUUCAAUUUUUAUUUUUUCUCAGAAUCCUCUUGUAUUUGAUUUACUUAAAAAUAAUAUAUAUAUAAUAUCUGUAUAACCUUAAGAAGAAUCUUUACAUAGUUAUUUGUUUAGUUCAAAAAAUUUGUUAAACAAAAGUGAACAAAAUUACGUAAGUUACAAUUUAAAAAAUGAUUUAGAAAAAUCAUUUGAAUUUUAAGUAUCUGAUUUGAAAAGAUAUAAUGAUAUUAAAGAACCUAAUAUGUAUUGGAAAUACACAACUUUACACAAAUUUAUUGAGAUUAUAAAAACUUAUUAAAGAAAAGAAAAAAUAAAAUAUAAAAAAGAAGAUACUCAAAUAAAUAAAAAUAUUCUCAAGAAUUUAAGCACAAAUAACAAUAAUAUAAUUUUUAUUUAUUUAAUUAAUAAACAAAAAUAUAUGGAAAAUAUAAGAAAAUGUAAAAAGUAAAUUGGAGAUGGUUAUUCUUAUGAAUCAUUCUUAACAAAGAAAUUUAAUGGGUGUUAUCAUAUAUCAAUUAGUUUUUUAGAUUUAUGUAAAUAUAUGAGAAGUAAAAAUAAAAUUUUUUACAAAUACUACAUACACUAUAAUAAAAAUUUAUAUAUUCAUGAUAAUAUGAAUGAGCAUUUCUUAAAAAUGAAAAUUCACCAUAACCAAUUUAUAAUAAUAUGUAUUAGCUAAGAAGAGUUUCUAAGAAAAGAUAAAGAAGAAAUUAUAUUUAGCAAACCAAUUAAAGGCAUAACUAAAAGAGGGAAAACGGAAGAAGAAGAUAUAAAAUUAAAAAAUGAGCUGUUAAAUAAUAAAAAAGAAAGAUGAGAAAAUCUAAAGAUAAUAUAUCUUACGAUAAGUGAUUUUAAUAUAAUAUGUAAGAUUAAUACUAUUAAUGUUUCUAAUUUAUUUCACAUAGAAAUAUAUCCUUUUCUUAUUUAAAUUGUAUCACAAAUAACAGGAUGAAUUUAAAAAUAUAUAAAUUCCGAUAAUGUUAUCAUAAAUAUUUUUUCUGGGGGUUCUCUGAUAGGAGCACCAAAAUUAAUAUCAAUGUCUAUCUUACAAGAGAACAUUUUUUUAUAUUUUAUUACUAUUUUAUUUUUACAUAUAUAUAGUAUUUAUAAUGAUCAAAGAUAUACAUAUUCAAGUUGUAUUGUUUUACUUCCUUUGAAGAAAUUUUUAUUUUUAACAUUGAUUUCUGUAAGUGCAAAUGGAGCUAUUACAAUUAAAAGUGACGAUAAGAAUUAGUAUUACGAAAUGCUUCUAAAAUUUAUGUUCAUAGCAAGGCUAAUUAUUUAUUUAAAAAAAUAUCAUAAUGUUAAAGUGGAAUACUUCUUUGAAUAG